CUACAAGUAAAAACGAUUCUUCUGUUUUUGUCUAUUCAGAUAAACUCUAUAUCUAGGGUACAACUGAUGUUUGUACUCAGUAGCAUUGCGUCAACAAAGCCAAGGAUGUGGAAAGUGCCGUUAGCAUUUUUCUGUUAGCCUGUGGACAACGGGCUGAUUUGGGACACACCCACAAAACGUAGAACGGCGCGAGCGUUGGAAAAAGUCUCCUUUUUAUUUUCUGCUUCCGGUUUGAACAAACAAACGGCUUUAAUCUGAGAGAGAGAGAGAAAGAAAGAGAGAGCGAGAAAGGGAGAGAGGGAGAGAGAAGGAAGAAGAGAUACAGAGAAAAGAGAGAGAGAGAGAGAGAGAGAGAGAGAGAGAGAGAGAGAAAAAAACGUCUCUGAUGUUCAGUUGGAGCUGAAUCUGGAAUGAUGACAUCACCAAGGUAUCAGAGCCCCAGACCCACAGUUGGGAAGCAGGAUGUGGAAUUCCAGACGCCGGCCGUGUCCGAGAAGUUUCAGAGCCGAUUUGGAUGGAGGUCCCAGAGAGCUGAGAGCGAGACGGGUCCAGGACUGAAGACCUCAGACAACAUGCAGGAAUCGUGCAGCUCCAGCAGCAGUCCAUCUUUCCAGCCAAUCCGGAGUCAGAUUCCCAUCCCCACUGCCCAUGUCAUGCCCUCUACGGCCCACAAUACUUUGCUGCACCCCACAGACUCGCUCUCCAGCUCCUCCAGCUCCAAAUCCUCUCUCUGUAAAUCUGCAUCAUCCCCGAACCUGGAAGCGCAGAAUGGAGGCGAAGUCAAACAGGACUGCCUGAGUCGCUACCGCAGCCUCGUCAACGGAUUAGACCACACGCUGUUCCCCGGAGCGGACCACAACCACACCCGGCUGGAAGAGGGUCAGGGCUUCGAGACGCCCCCCGUGGAGCCGACCCUGAACCAGUCCGGGCUGCUCGGAGGAUUUGGACCCGACGUCAGGAUGAAGCUUCACAUGACCGGACUCGGAGACGCAGCAGAAUAUCGGAACGACGCCUUCCAUAGUGCUUUGGAUCAGACGUAUAAGGUGUUACCUGAAGCUAGAACAGGAAUUCCACCCUCCUCUGAGUCGUACGGCAAAACAAAGGGGCAUCUGGGGGAAAACAUGGCCGACUGGCAGCAGAAAUUCGAGAGCCUGCGAAUGCAGGUGGAGCAAAUGCAGUUAUUAGGGAGUGCCCAGUACUCGUCUCUGUAUCCGUCUCCUCUGCAGUGUGAGAACAGUAAAUGGGAGGCGGUGAUGAAGGCUAAUGAGAGUCUGCUGAAGGAGAAGGAGCUCAUUAUUGACAGGCAGAAGCAGCAGCUGUUUCAGUUGGAGCAGCGACUCAGAGAGAGUGAGUUACAGGUCCAUGGAGCUCUGAUGGGGCGAGGAGCUCCGUUUACUGAUGUCUGUCUGCUCAGACUGCAGGAGGCGCAGCGUGAGAACGCUUUCCUGCGCGCCCAGUUUGCUGAGCGCAGUGACUUGUUCGCUCAGGAGAAGCUGGAGGCAGACCGGCGUCUGGGAGCCGUGGAGGCAGAGACUCAGCGUCUGAGCGAGAGUCUGAAGGAGAACUCGGAGAAACACACAGAGGAGCUGAAAAAGCAGGAGGAGAGGAUACGGAACCGAGAUAAACACAUAAACAGCCUGAAGAAGAAAUGCCAGAAGGAGGCAGAGCAGAACCGAGAGAAACAGCAGCGCAUCGAGACGCUCGAGCGUUACCUGGCUGACCUGCCCACCAUGGAGGACUACCAGAGCCAGAGGAAACAGCUGGAGGUGGCAGAACAGAAGGUGGAUGAACUGCAGGGAUUAGUGGAGGAACUGGAGGCUCAGCUGAAGGAGGUGCGAGCAUCCAACCGCACUAAAGACGGACAACUGGAGGAACAACAACACAGAGAGAGGGAGCUGCUCGCUACAGUCACUAGUCUGCAGGCCCGUGUGCAGGAGGGGUUGGAGGAUGGAGCUCGGUUGCCGUCUCUGGAUGUUGAGAAGCUCCGAGAUGAAAACGUGACUUUAAAAGAAGAGCAGCAGAAACUCAAAAAGGUUCUUGAGAAGCAGCUGAGGAUGAUGGAGCAGCUCGGCUCACAGAUCAGGAGCGUGCAGCAGCAGCUAUCCGAGGAGGAGAGUAACAGUCAGGCUCUGAGAGACGAGAUGAUUUCAAAAGAUCAGCAGCUGUUGCAGUUGCGCUCGGCUGUGAAGGAGCUGUCUGCACAGAACCAGGAGCUGAUGGAGCAGAGUGUGUGUUUGCAUGAGCGUCUGCAGGCUGAGUCGAGUGUGUGUGAUGUGCGACUCACUCAGCAGCUGCUCACUGAAAUGGCGUCAUGUCUCACUGACCUGCGUUCGCUCUGCAGUGUCCUUACACACACCGCACACGGUCAAGACCCCAACCUGUCCAUGCUGCUGGGGAUCAGUGCCCCUGUAGUAUCAGAGCCAUGUGGUGAUUGGCAGAAUCCUGCAGUUCUGCAGAAUAAACUCCAGGAGGCGCUGCAGCUAAGACGAGAUGUGGAGGAGCUGCGAAACACCGUCUCAGACCGCUACGCCCAGGACAUGGGGGAGAACUGCACCACACAGUAACACAGAACCCAAAUAAUGCAGCUGAGGAGAAUGAUCUGAAUGAGUACUGGCAGAACCAGAAGAUUCAAAACUGAUAGAACUUUAACUACAACCAGAGAAUCAUGAUGAAUCUGCCAGAACCAUCCUGCAAGAAGCUAUGAGACUUCACCCAGAAACAGAAGAACGUGCAGAACCGCAGCUCCAACCUGCAGAAUAAAAAUAGUCUGAACUUGUGGAAGCUAACCUGAAACUUUUAACCCCCCCCCCCUCCCUUGAAGAGCUAACAAAGCUAAUGCUAAUAACACAACACUACACACACAACACUACACACACACAACACUACACACACACAACACUACACACAACACUACAAUACAAUAUAAUUUUGUGAUAAAAGAUUUUUAUUGUACUAUUUUUCUAACAUCUUUAGAGCCCUGAGGUUCUCAGUAUUGUUAUUUAACCUUAACGUUCUUGUCGGUUCAGGAACUAAUGUGAUGUGGUUGACAAUCAACUGAUGAUAUUUUAAACUUUGGUUGUUUUAUUUUGGUUGCUAUGGUAACACCUGAGGUGUGACGGACCCGCCGUUAUUUGAGACGGAGGCGUCCGUAGCUAGGGCCGAUAAAACACCCGCUGCCUUUAUCUCCGCUCGUUUGCUCGUCUAACACUCGUGGAAAGCCUUCAAUAAAAACUCUUAUGAUUAACACUAUGAGGCAAGUCGAUGUUUUUCUCUGGAACAUUCUGUCACCUUAAACACUUCACCGAAAUGACACUCGUAUACUGAUGAGGUUUGCUUGUGUGAUUCACUGAUUUGAUUCUAUUUCAUAGGUUGACUCAUUUAUUUGAUUCACCAAUGAAACAUCAGAGAUACAAAACUCUUCACAACCUUUAAAAUUAAUUAGGUUCAAAGUUCAUAUUUGGGGCCGAUGAACUGAUUCGUUUCUUUUAAGCGAGUCAUUUGAACUCGCUUAAAAGAAUCAUUUGAUCUUGGUUCAAAAUGAUUCAGUUCAGUGAUUUUUAAGACUGGCUAAUUAUUUAAUAUUUACAAACUGCAGUUUACAAGUUUACUAAAAUAAAAACCUAGACAUGAAUUUAAAUACUGCUAAGAAUCAUUUUAAUAAAAGCUAAAUGAUGAUCAGCAGUGAUCGUGAA